AUGGACAAUAGCACAGAAGCCACAGAGUUCAUCCUUUUGGGAUUAACAGAUGACCCUAAUCUUCAGGUCCUCCUCCUCCUGGUAUUUUUGUUCAUCUACCUCAUUACUCUGGUUGGGAAUGCGGGGAUGAUGGUGAUCAUCCACUCAGACCCCCACCUCCACACAAUGUAUUUCUUCCUCGGUAACCUCUCCUUCGUAGACCUGGGUUACUAUUCAGCAGUAGCCCCUAAGACGGUGGUCACCCUGCAGUCAGGGAGCAAAGUCAUCUCCUGCAAUGACUGUGCUGCCCAGUUCUUCUUCUUUGUGGGUUUUGCCACUGUUGAGUGCUACCUUCUGGCCUGCAUGGCCUAUGACCGCCAUGCAGCCAUAUGCCCGCCUCUUCAUUACACCACCACCAUGACAGCAGGUGCGUGUGCCCUCCUGACUGUUGGCUCCUAUGUCUGUGGCUUCCUCAAUGCUUCCAUUCACACAGCAAACACGUUUAGACUCUCAUUCUGUGCUUCUCAUGAGAUUAAUCACUUUUUCUGUGACAUUCCUCCACUCUUGGCUCUCUUGUGUUCCAACACACGCAUCAGCAACUUGGCUGUCUUCUGUGUCAUGGGCUUCAACGUCCUUUUCACCCUCCUGGUCAUCCUCAUCUCUUACCUCUUCAUAUACAUCGCCAUUCAAAGGAUGCAUUCUGCUGAAGGACGGAAGAAAGCCUUCUCCACCUGUGCCCACCUCACUGUCGUAACCAUCUUCUAUGGAACUAUCAUCUUCAUGUACCUACAGCCCAGCUUCAGCCAGUCCAUGGACAUGGACAAAAUCGCUUCUGUGUUUUACUUGGUGGUGAUUCCCAUGCUGAAUCCCUUGAUCUACAGCCUUAGGAACAAAGAAGUAAAAAAUGCUCUCUGGAAAGUACUCAACAAACUUUAUCCCAAGUCUGUGUGA